UCCUCUCAGACUUGACGCGAUCGGUGUGAAAUGUAAACAUUUUCACAAACCUAGAAUCCCUCUGACUCUCCGAGCACAGAACCAAAUGUUGCUCACCGCUCUGAAGGGCAGCGGCACAGCGUUGAGUUUAAACUCAGACAAUCAAAGUCAGCUUGUGGGUGAGAUCGACUCAAAGAGAGAAACAAAGCCUCCCACAAUGAUCACUCUCAUGUUCACUCUCUUCUCAUGUUCACUCUCUUAUGUUCACUCUCUUAUGUUCACUCUCUUCUCAUGUUCACUCUCUUCUCAUGUUUACUCUCUUAUGUUCACUCUUUUCUCAUGUUCACUCUCCUCAUGUUCACUCUUCUCUUAUGUUCACUCUCUUCUCAUGUUCACUCUCUUCCCAUGUUCACUCUCUUCUCAUGUUCACUCUCUUCUCAUGUUCACUCUCUCCUCAUGUUCACUCUUCUCUUAUGUUCACUCUCUUCUCAUGUUCACUCUCUUCUCAUGUUCACUCUCUUCCCAUGUUCACUCCCUUCUCAUGUUCACGGUCAUGUUCACUCUCCUCAUGUUCACUCUCUUCUCAUGUUCACUCUCUUCUCAUGUUCACUCGUAUGUUCACUCUCUUAUGUUCACUCUCUUCUCAUGUUCACUCUCUUCUCAUGUUCACUCUCUUAUGUUCACUCGCUUCUCAUGUUCACUCUCUUCUCAUGUUCACUGUCAUGUUCACUCUCUUAUCAUGUUCACUGUCAUGUUCACUCUUCUCAUGUUCACUCUCUUCUCAUGUUCACUCUCUUAUGUUCACUCUCUUCUCAUGUUUGCUCUCUUAUGUUCACUCUCUUCUCAUGUUCACUCUCUUAUGUUUACUCUCUUAUGUUCACUCUUUUCUCAUGUUCACUCUCUUAUGUUCACUCUCUUCUCAUGUUUGCUCUCUUAUGUUCACUCUCUUCUCAUGUUCACUCUCUUAUGUUUACUCUCUUCUCAUGUUCACUCUCUUAUGUUCACUCUCUUCUCAUGUUCACUCUCUUCUCAUGUUCACUGUCAUGUUCACUCUCUUCUCAUGUUUACUCUCUUCUCAUGUUCACUGUCAUGUUCACUCUCUUCUCAUGUUCACUCUCCUCUCAUGUUCACUCUCAACAGAAGGGGGAUGUUCAUUUGAAAAAGGAUCCUCCAAACCUUAAGUCUCUCUCUCUGACAUGCUCAGAUGGAUCAUGGAGCAAGAGCAUAGCGCCCCCUGUACUUUAGAGACAUUAUUCCCCACAGGAGCUUUUAUUGUGAAAUGCUCCUACAUGAAGGUACUUCCUGUGGUGAUGUAUGAACAAAGUUUCUAACAUCAUCUCGGCCUCUAAAGAACUCAAAUCCACUGACUUUGGACAAACAGGAUGUUUGUGUUG